GCCAUUAAAGAAUUGUUUUUGUUUGGAAGGAAUACGAAAUGUCGAGAUCUUAGCUUCUUGUCUUCCGGCCCCCCUGGCCCAUCUUCAGGGGGACGGCUAUGUCAACGGAAGAGGCUCUCAUUAAAUCCACAGCUUCGGGGGGAAGUUAUUAUCACUUUUUGUUUUUCGUCCUGAUGAUUUCUUCUGGUCACCGUCUUGAUUGAAUGUUUGCCGUCUGCUCUUUGUUUUGUGUUCUGAUCUGCCCUUUAUAUAGCUCAAUCAUCAGUGUAUGCCUCCACAGAGCUACGAGGCCAUUCGAACAAGUUAUAAGCUGUGUAUUACCUAAUCUUGUUGAGAACAUUGUUCCUUUGGCAGAUCAAGUUAAAAAAUACUACUUCCUUAGACCCAGUUUCAAUUGUUGAAUCACAGUUCAUAUAGAUCAAGUAGGACUGGAAUCUAAGAUCUUUCACCUGCAGUCAUCCAUUGAGUGUGGCUUGUUUGCAAUAAGCCUUCAAUUGCGAUCUUUAAGUUUAGUAUUUGGUCUAAAUUUCUGCCCACAGUUUGUCGCUGGAAUGCUCAGCCCUCAUUGAUCUGAUUGUGGUUUAUUUCCAACAAGCCAACUUCCAAUUGAAAUCUUCAAGUUUAGUAUUUGAACUAAAUUUCAAUCUAUUGUUUGUUGCUGGAAUGCUCUACUAGCAACCGUUGAUCUGGGUCUGGUUUAUUUCCAACAAGCCUGCCUACAAUUGAAAUCUUCUAUUUGAUCUGAAUUUCAGCCCCCAGUUUGAAACAAAAUGCUUUUGUUUCCAUGCACGACCUGCUUCUGUUCAGUCUGAAAUUGAAAUCUUGAAGUUCAGUAUUUGGUCUGGAUUGGAGCUGAGCUUUUGUUUCCAUGUGCGACCUACUUCUGUUCAGCCUGAAGUUGAAAUCUUGAAGUUCUGGAUUUCUAUUGGAUUGAAGUUGAAAUCUAGAAAGCCAAUGCUUUUGCUUCACUGGUAGAGACAGAACUGUGUGACAUCAAUGGAUACCAUGGAGCGCUGGGUGGAUUUUCCAUCGCAAUUGUUUUGUGUAGAAGAUGUGCACAGCAAAUCGAUUAGCAAGUUGUGGGACCAGAUUCCCCUGCCGUAUGCCGGGUCGAGGAGCAAAGAGGCGAGCAGAACGGCAAGCGCGGGAUCAGAUUUGUCCUACGAAGCCGAAAUGGAUGUAGCGACCGAGUCCUUCCUGCCGGCCUAUGUUCGAGAAGACGAGCGCUAUGAAAUGUGUGGCGAAUUCUCUGAUCACCGCUAUUUCAACCCAUUUCCCUCUGAUUUCUCCUUCAUGGACUUCACCAAAACCCAAGCCUACACCAACGAGCGCCUAAUUGAGCCCGAGGUUGAUGAUCAGAAUCCCAAUUUGGGGUGGCUCCCAACUGAGAAAUCCCUACCCCUUUCCCCUGAAAAGAAAACCCACGCCCCCAAAUCCGAGGGCUCUGUUCUCUCCGCCGUUUGUUCGAGCCAGACCAACGGCGACCCGCCCUCCAAUUCAGGCCUAAUUUUGCCUCCCAUGUCCGGCAAACCAACCUUAGAAGCGCGGAAUGUUGAUCUAAUGGACCAGGACUCAGACUGGUGCACUGAAUUCACCAUUCCGGCUGUUUACCCUGAACCAGAGGAAGAGGAGAAGAGCUCAAACAUGAAAGGCGUCCGCCUGGUGCAUCUCCUAAUGGCGGCAGCAGAGGCCGUGGAGGCCCGAAACCGGGAUUUGGCAUCGGUGAUAUUGGUUCGGCUCAAGGCUUUGGCUUCCCCCUUUGCCAACAACACCAUGGAACGACUGGCCGCUUACCUUUCCCACGGACUCUACGCCCGUCUGGAAGGAGGCAGGGGCGCCGGGCUCUUCCCCUCCGCCAGUCCCGAUUGCUCACCCGGGGACAUCCUAGCGUCCUUCCAAGUACUCCAGGAGAUCUGUCCCUACAUCAAAUUCGGGCACCUGACUGCGAACCAGGCCAUUCUGGAGGCCGUCCAAAGGGAACGGAGGGUCCACAUCAUCGAUUUCGACAUAAUGGAAGGUAUCCAAUGGCCGUCGUUGAUGCAGGCGCUAGCGACCCGCAAGGAAGGGGCACCCCACCUCCGCAUAACAGCCAUUACCAGGUCAUCCACCGGAACCCGUCGUGGUCUCUCCACAGUGCAGGAGACCGGCAAGCGCCUUGGUGCCUUCGCCGCUUCAAUCGGGCUGCCCUUCUCGUUUCACCAAACAAGGCUCGACAGCGACGACAUGUUCCGGCCGUCUGCCAUUAGAGUCGUUAAGGGCGAAGCUCUAGCAGUCAAUUGCAUGCUCCACCUCCCUCACAUGACCCACCGGAAGCCCAAUUCAAUCUCCUCUUUCCUCCUGGGGAUCCGAGACCUUUACCCGCGGAUUCUUACCCUGGUCCAAGAACACCUCAAUUGCAAAGACCCGGAUUCUGUUCCACCUUCAGCUUCUUCCUACACUGCCCAUUUCAUGGAAACUUUCCACCAUUACUCUGCAAUUUUCGACUCUGUGGAAGCAAGUUUCCCGCCCCAGAGCGUUGCCAGAUCUCUUGUGGAGCGUAUUUUCUUCGGGCCUCGGAUUUCUAGCACUCUGGCAUCCAAGCAUUGCUCAGAUAUUAACCAGAGGAGCUGGAGUGAGUUCAUUACUUCACAGCUCGGGUUCAAAAGUAGUCCUCUGAGUAUGUUCAAUCAAUGCCAGGCCAAGCUUCUUCUUGGGCUUUUCAAUGACGGAUAUAGAAUUGAAGAGGAGAAUGGAAAUCUGGUGCUGGGUUGGAAGUCCAGGCCCAUCAUUUCUGUAUCGUGUUGGGUUCCUGUUCAGGGUUGAGAUUGGUGUUACCUCUUAUUCUUCCAUGGCUGGUUUCUCAGAAAAAUUUCAACCUUCGGAAUUGUACAAUUGUACAAGUAAAUUUCUUACUCUGUUAGGUCAAAUUGACGUUUCAUUUCAUCUGUUUCUUGAGUUGCAGUACAUGUUUUGCUUAAGUCGGAGAUUACCAGUAGCACCCACAGCUCACAUUCUAAUGGUGACAGAAAAGAUUUGUCCGACCGAAGCUUUAGCUUAUUAAUAAGUUUUUCUUUUGGUAUUUAGUGUUUUUUUUUCGUAUUUUCCUUAAUUUGGCUUAACGAG